UGCGGACGUUUUAACAUAGCGCAAGAAGAUGCCGAAGGCAGCGAAAGGCAACGUUAAAGGGCAGUCGGAAAAGAAAGUGGUCCACCCUUACAGCAGAAAGGCUGCAUAUCUGGCCCGGGCAGCAAUUAAACAGAAUAGAAAAGAAAGGUUAAAAGUGGAAAAGGCUCAGCGCCUGAAUGUAAUCGGUGAGAAGCUCAUAUGGUUCCAAAGUCAACUAGAUCCAGACAAAGUGGAGUACACCAAACAGGAUGCGUGUAGCAUUAUUGAACGGUAUUUGCAGAGGUUUGACUCGGAAUUAGAGCAGAUUGAGCUGGUAAACAGUAUUAAAGGGCGGCAGGGUCGCCAGCACGGUUCACGCGAAGCUGUUAUUAAACAGAUCAUUGAGCGUGAGCGUGCGCAGUACGAGGGCAACGGCUUUGAAAUCCCAGAUAUUAUUAACACCAAGAGUCUAAAGACAUUCAGAGAGUGGGAUGGAGAUCUGAAAAAGCUGCCAAACAUAAAAAUGCGGACAGUGUCUUCUAAAGGAGUGGAAAACACACAGAAAGUCACUCAGGACACACGUGCAGAGAAUGCAGCGGAUAACCAUGCCAACGACGACGAUGAUGAUGAUGAUAUUGCAGAUGAUGAAGUCAUUGAAACUGAGGACUGUAAACUGUCAGAUGAGGACUUAUGAAGCAAUGCAUCUCUAGCUGUUCCACAUGACCCUCUUCAUCAGAGCAGCUGAUGGACUUAAGAGGACGGAUCGUGGAGAUCAAGGGUCCGUUAUGAAGAAAAGCAUGAUGGGAAAAAUGGUCGAGGAGAUGACCUGUGAUGCGUAUGUUGGCUCCUGUGAUAGGGGUCUGGCUGUGUGUUCGUAUGAAAGUGACUGAUUGAUUCAUUUUCUGUUUCUUUUCUUACUUUUCCUGCCAGACUGUCGUGUCCUGGUGCUCUUACAGCAGAGAUCAAAUCA